AACAAGCCUCAAGUCCCCUUAAUACCUGAUAACAAUUACCCUGUUCUAAUAGAGAUCAAAUGGGUACUCCUAUUUAAAACACGGUUUUUGAAAACUUGUUUUCGCUAUCAAUAUUGUGCAGCUCUGUCUCUUCUAUAUUUUAUUCGCUAUGCUGUGUGCAAACAUUUCUUCGUGAUAUGAACAGCGAUUUCUCAUUAUUUAAAUAACUGAGUAAUCUCUGUGGAUCUAGACAGAUUCACGUUAGGCAGCACAAGAAGUGACAUCGAUAGCCGUGUCCCGUGGGAGUAAGCGGAGCUAUGUCGAGUGUGUCCUCUGCGAAUUUAGUACCCCCGGAGUCUCCAAGACAUCAGGACGGUUUAAUUAAUCCUGUAUUUGAGUCAAAAGACGAUAUCGGCAAGGAAAGAGGUGAAACCAGCGAAGAUGGCUCAGACCUCGGAGAAGAUUUCUUGGAUAAUUUCAAUUUACAGAAUUCCGAUUUGGAGAUAAAAAGUGAAAUAGAAUUUGAUGAGAACGAUAAACAAUUCCAAAGACAGGACAAUCCACAGGAAGUCAACACCGAGAUACCAAACACGGCCGGGGCGACCAUCCAAACUGCAGAUAGCGCUUCACUGCGAAUUGAUGUACCCAAAUCAACAGAACUGCAGGGUUGUUCCGAUGUGAGUGAGAAUCGUAAACAAAAUCUACAAAAGAAGGAACAACCAGAGAAUGAACUACACGGGGAGGUCAGUAGUGCCAAAGCUAAACAACACCCUGUUAGCCAGUCCCUAAUCUCCACAGUCGCCAAUAAUAAAAGUCAGCUGCUUAAGAGCACAGAAAAUUUACAAAUUGGCAAGGACUAUGUGUGGGCACCUCUAUUCCCAGACGUUUCUCCUCCACAACAUGCAGUUAGGUACAAUUCACAAGGACAAACAUUCAUCCGCCAAAGACAACUGCAAAACAAAUUCAGCGGAAAACUACAGGUUCCGGAAGUUAAUGGCAUCAAUUCUGCGAAAAACAAGAAAGAUGAGGUUAAGUGGCAUCAUGUGACCCGUGAUGCUAUUCAAGCCAUAUUCGUCCGUCUGUUGUUGGUUUGUCACAGUUUCCUGUGUGUGUGGAGAGCCGUGGAUGUAAGGAAGGAUGAACUUUACUGGUGUCUUGCUCUUACCAAUGUCAUUCUGGUGUUGGAGACAAUUUACACCGUCGUAAAACGACAGGGCCGGGAUCCUAAAUGGAUUUGUCCAUGUUUUGUGAUUUAUCUUGGAGGAACGGUCCCUGCACUAUGGUUCCUACAGAUAGACAAACUGGAUCGGUACAACUCUGCUGUGUCAGCAAAUGUCUCCAACCUGACCAAUUCCUUGCAGGAGGCAUUGUCCUCUUUAGAGGGGGUACAGAUACCAAUUUACCUUGAUCCAGAUACAUGGGUUGCCAUUUUAGAACAGAUCCUUCUAUUUGUUCUUGUUGUUGGACGCAUGCUUCUUCCGUUAGGGGAACUUUCACGUGAAGAACUUUCUCAGUUGCUUUUUAUCUUCAUUGGAUCGGGUUCAGAUGUCAUGGAACUAUUUGUAGUAUUCGAUGAGCCGCAGUUUCGCACAAACUCACCACUAAAAUACGCUACAUUAACAGUGUGGUCAGUAAGUUUAUUGCAGUUUACUUUCAUCUUCACAACCGCAAAAAGUCCAAAGAAAAUGCGACUUGGUACAACAGAUGAUAAAUACCAUGACGUUAAGGAAAAACGCGCAAUAUUCGGGAUCGAAAUUCUUAGUCUUCUGAUAUCAUUCCUGUUAAUGGACGGACCUUACUGUGCGCUGAGGUUAUAUGCAAUCAUUGUAUACAACGUCGUGAGUUACGGAAUAAUAUUUUUCACUUGUAAAAAUAUUCUGAUGUUGGUUUUAUUGAUGUAUAGAAUGUUUAUUAUUUGCAUCAAGUAUAGGAAUAGGGGCAAAGAAAAGAAGCGUGCCUUAAGAGAGAUGGCACUACACAAACAUGAUCUUAAUGUUUAAACAUGUAUGAUAUUAUAUAUACCCCGAAUGGCCGAUGUGUACAUUUUAAGCAGGUUUAUGUAUUUCUAUAUGUAUGUUACAACUACACACAAUAUUUGCAUUAAACGUGUCCAUAUAUAUGAACA